ACCCCGUCGAGUCCGGGAAACCGGCUUGCGGAGGUUAUGCGGGGCUGCGGCGACAUCCUCGCUCCCGUGCGUGCUGCACUCGUGCGGCUCCGGGUGGCAAACUGGGUGAAGUGGGGACUAGAGGAAGUAGAGGAGCAAGAGCGUCAGAAACGCUUCUUCUGCUCUUCGGACGCUGACCCGACGAGGGACGACUGGCACUGCACGACGGACUUCCAAGUUGCCCUUAGCACACCUGGAGGUCAAGAGUGCAAAGCCCCCACAGGCGGCUUCCGUGGUCUGAAGUGUCCGCGAGAAGCCCGAGACGCCCAGGACCGCAUGGCGCGCUCAGAGCUCGCCAAGUCGCGCAUAAGCAAAAGAUAAACGCUGAUGGGCCCGGGGGCUUGUUGGCUGGGACGCAGAGUUUGCGCGGACCCGGAGCGUCUUUCGUUUUAAGGAAUCUUACUUCUGGGAAGUGACAGGGAACUGUCAAUCAGCGAGGGAGGGAGCGCACCGGCGCCGGGUGAUGUCAGCGGAUCAGCUGCUCGAUAACAAAGAGGGGGUAUUACAGGAGAAAGUUGCAGCAGCGGCGGCGACCGCAGCGUCACCCGGGAGCCUCGGAGGCGAGGGGCAAGUGGGCGAAGGAAGGACGGCUGCUGCCGCAGCAGUUGAAGGCCAAGGAAUUAGAAGGGCUGUAGGGGGAGGCAGUGCGAGCCAGCCCCGACUGCUCCUCCUCUUCCUCCUCCUCCUCCAAACUCGCAGGGCUGAGCCCCAGCGCUCGCUCAGCCGCCAGGAGCACCAGGAGGGACGGGAGGCAGCAGCGCGGCCCACAGCCGGGCAGGGUCCCCAGCCGCCAUGGAUAGCGACGAUGAGAUGGUGGAGGAGGCGGUGGAAGGGCACCUGGAUGAUGAUGGAUUACCACACGGAUUCUGCACCGUCACCUACUCCUCUACUGACAGAUUUGAGGGGAACUUUGUUCACGGAGAAAAGAAUGGACGGGGGAAGUUCUUCUUCUUUGAUGGCAGCACCCUGGAAGGGUAUUACGUGGACGAUGCCCUGCAGGGCCAGGGAGUUUAUACUUAUGAAGACGGGGGAGUUCUCCAAGGCACCUACGUAGAUGGAGAGCUGAAUGGUCCAGCCCAGGAAUACGACACAGACGGGAGACUGAUCUUCAAGGGGCAAUAUAAAGAUAACAUUCGGCAUGGCAUUUGCUGGAUAUAUUACCCAGAUGGAGGUAGUCUUGUAGGAGAAGUAAAUGAAGAUGGGGAGAUGACGGGAGAGAAGAUAGCCUAUGUGUACCCGGAUGAGAGGACCGCCCUCUAUGGAAGAUUCAUCGAUGGAGAGAUGAUAGAAGGAAAACUCGCCACCCUUAUAUCCACUGAAGAAGGAAGGCCUCACUUUGAACUGAUGCCUGGAAGUUCCGUGUACCAUUUUGAUAAGUCGACUUCAUCCUGCAUUUCUGCCAAUGCUCUUCUUCCAGAUCCUUAUGAAUCAGAGAGGGUGUAUGUUGCUGAAUCCCUCAUUUCCAGUGCUGGAGAAGGACUGUUUUCCAAAGUAGCUGUGGGAUCUAGUACUGUUAUGUCUUUUUAUAAUGGAGUCCGAAUUACACACCAGGAGGUUGAUAGCAGGGACUGGGCCUUUAAUGGGAACACUCUCUCCCUCGAUGAAGAGACGGUCAUUGACGUGCCUGAGCCCUACAACCACAUAUCCAAGUACUGUGCCUCCUUGGGACACAAGGCAAAUCACUCCUUUACUCCAAACUGCAUUUAUGAUAUGUUUGUCCACCCCCGUUUUGGACCCAUCAAGUGCAUCCGCACUCUCCGCGCUGUGGAGGCCGAUGAGGAGCUCACGGUUGCCUAUGGCUACGACCACAGCCCCCCGGGGAAGAGUGGGCCUGAAGCCCCCGAGUGGUACCAAGUGGAGCUGCAGGCCUUCCAAGCCACCCAGCAAAAGUGAAAGGCCUGGUGGCUCUUCGGUUCAGACACCUGGAACAGAAACCUGGAUCUAUGCACUACGUUCAUCCGACAACGGGACAUCCGGGGCUGCUCGUGCUGUGACGUCACAUCCGCUCGGGACAACCAGGGCUCCUCGUGCUGUGACGUCACAUCCGCUCGGGACAACCGGGCUGCUCGUGCUGUGACGUCACAUCCGCUCGUCCUGCGUUAGUGACAACUUUCUUGCAUACUAACUAGGUCCGACUAUAUUACUCACCCCAGAUUUAAAAUUAGCUAGCCUUGCAACAACGGUCUGCUGAGAGGUAGUGUCGAGCGUUUGACAUGAGACAGCGUGAUGUUCUUGGGUGGUUCAAGUCGAAAUCUGUACCACAUUCAGAGAUGCCAAAUGAUAAGACUGAAAAAGGGAAAUGGGGCUUUUCAGUCAUUUUUAGUCAGUGGUUUUUCCAUGAUGUUUUUUUUUUCCCAAUGGCCAAUGCAAAUUGUGUUCUUACACUUUGAUAUGUGCCGUAUGGAGGGUAGAGAAUUACUACAUUUUUAUAUUCUGUCAAUGUAGUAUAAUUUGCCUUUUAGUCUUUGAUCUGUAUCUUGCAAUAGGAUGGCUUUGUUUUUUUCCUAGUGAACAGAAGCCCACUUUUUGACUCAUUUCACCCCUCGAUCCUAUUCCCUAACUUAGAUAUCUUUUACAAGAGAAAACCUUCCACAUGGAUUUUGUGUCAGUGUAUAGGUUUUUAUGGCUCUUUCUAGAUCAUUCUUUCAUUAUUAUGUCCUGAUAUAAAAAACCCGGCUUAGAGGGCUGAAGGAGUAUUAUAGAAUUAUUCUCGCGUGUAAACAAAGGUGUUUUUGCUUUAAGAUGUGAGAAGUGACUUGACUUUGCAUUAAGUCAUGGAAGAGUUGUAAUAUAUUUUCAGAAAGAAGAGGGAAAUUAAUAUUCCUAAGCAGUAACUCUGUGGCAGUUUUGCGGUAUCUUCAAUAGUGCUAGUAAUUUUUCUCCUUGGGUACACAUUAAAUGUACAUAACAGAGCAGUCUGGCUUAUGCCAUAGUACAAUGAAUCCAGAAGUCAAAUAGCAAACUUGGAAUUCUAACACAGAAUUUAAAAGUUUUUUCUUAAUAUUGUUAAGGCAGACACACUGAGCACUAGCUACAAAUCAAACCCUAAAGCUAAAAAAUCUUCUCUAUUGUAAUUUCGCAGCACUUCCCUGCUUCAGUGCAUUGUAAAUUAAGAGUAACAUCUGCAUAGUUUAAAAGCAAAAACAUCAAUAGCGUUUCAGCCAUUUGCAAGCCUUAUGUAAUCACAGCUGCAGAAAUGAGGAAAACCACCCUGUUUUUAGUUUAGUUAAUUAGGUCUGUAACAUAAUCUGGGAUUGCUCUGGAUGAAGGCUGAGAUUUGGGGGUUUUUAGUAAGUGCCCUCACCACAUGCCAUAGCUGUGUCUUCUCUGGACGCCUUGAUGAGGUAGCUGGGUAGGUGUAUAGGGCAGCCGUUGCUCCGACCUGUGACUGUCAAUGGCAGCACCUGUGGCCUGAGUCCUUUUGUCUCCAAAGCUAAUGCCUUCCAAACUGCAGCAGGUCAUGAGCUCUGGUUGAUUAGAGACGGCUGACUUGGGAGCAGGCAAAGAGUGAGGACACAGGCAGAACGAAGGUGGCUAUUUCUUUCUUGUCUGUUGCACUUUGCUCUUAGGAAGAAUUUAACAAAAGUGCUUGAUCCAGAGUCAUUCAGAAGACUUUCCGUUUAGGAGGCCCCUGAGUGUAGGACUCAGCCCUCCCAACGAGGACAGAAGUGGCCCUUCCGUUAGCAAGGCUGGGCUUCCCAGAGUGCCCAUCUUCUCAGCACUAACAGUGCCAAGGCGCACGACCCACAUGCUUUGCAGCCAGGUGGCAGCAGUUUCAGGAGGUUCAGUUAGAUCCCUGUCUUAAAGCUUAAACGGAUGGUUCACACAUGGGAAGGAGUCAUCAGGGCUGCCAGAAAGAUCUGCCAUGAAGAGAAGGCAAUCAAAUUUUUUUUCUUUAAAAAACACCAGGAUAGGAUCGCUUCUAUUCUGCAGAAGGAUACCGUUCUGUAAACGGUGACCAGUGGGCAGAAAUUCUGGACUUGUGUUCUGAUAGGUGCUUUAAUUCAUGUCUCCCAAAGUGAGUGACUGUCAUCAGGAGAAAGAUGGCUUUAAUUAAUCCCAGUCAAUUGGGUGUGAAACCAGGUCAGGGAGAGGGUAUGGCAGGCUAUGCCUUGGACGCAGCUAUGCUCAGAAUGACUUCAUUCCUGAGGCCGGUAGUGCUCCGGUCACAGCUGUAGUGCAGCAUAAUUUCUGUCCUAACUCUCCCAUGCAAAAGAAUCUCUAAUUUUUAUAUAUAUAUAUAUAUAUAUAUAUAUAUAUAUAUAUAUAAAAGGGUUUGAAGAGCUGUAAAUAGUGAUUAGCCAGCUAAGUGAUAACAUUCUGAGUCAGACAAAUCAGAGGGAAAGAAUACACCCACAUUGAGCCCUUCUCUUUCUCCCUGCUCUUAAUACAUCCUGAUUUCCUCUGGCUCUUCCUUCUCCUACCACAUCUCUUUCCUCUUUCUUUGUAUGAGAAAGCCUGGGUGUCCAUGUGUAACAGCAUCCCAGCACAUCUCUCCCGUUCUCUCGCUCCCCAUUCCGAGUUCUCUAUUCGCUUGUUACUGCCUCUGCGCGUCUGUCUGUGGGUGCUUUCCUCUCUGUGUGUAUCUCUAUCCAUUUUCCUGUGUCUCUGUCUGCUCUGUCUGCCCCGCUCUCCCCACCCUGCUCCACAUACACACAUUCUCAAAUGUAAGGUUGGAAUGGGAGGGGAGCUUGAGGUUAACAGAAGUAUGUAGGGAGGAGUCCCUGAGUGGCGCAAAUGGUUAACGCACUCGGCUGCUAACUGGAAGGUUGGAGGUUCGAGUCCACCCAGAGGCACCUCGGAAGAAAGGCCUGGUGAUCUACUUCCGAAAAACCAGCCAUUGAAAACCCUGUGGAGCACAGUUCUAGUCUGACACGUGGGGGUCGCCAUGAGUCAGAAUUGACUCAACGGCAGCUGGUUUGGUUUUGGUUUUUGGUAUGUAGGUAAAGUUGAGCGGGUUGAGGUUCCAUAAGGAAUUAACAGGGAGGAAGUCAACAAUGGUAGAGUUUAUUCCUUGUCUAAACCAAAGGAUGAGGGGGAAAGUCUCGGAAUGUAUUUUUCUCCUGAAUCUUUAAAUCCACUGUGGAAGGAAACAUGCCUGGAAAGCAGCUGAACCUGGUGGUUUCAUCAGCGUCCUUAUCACAACAGAAAUGUGGACGGUUCCAUGUGGUGGGGUAUAAACAGAUAGCUUUAGGCCCUCCCCAGAAGCAGCUGGUGCUCGUGAGUGUACGUGACACUACAGGAGUCUCCAGGAGCUUCACUCAGAGCUGUCUCAGUCCAACCCUUGUGUGACUUUUUCCUUCUCUAGCAUCUUUUCUAUGAUGAAAUAUCUUGUGUUAGAGUUAGGAAUAGGAACUAAUCUGUUGCAGUGUGUCCCCAAAUGGACAUUUGAAUGGACUAACAAAAACAAUGGCAAGGAUUGAAUUUCUGACACAAAGGAAUGAUGACAUAAAAAGCAGAUAGAUGAAGAUAACUUGAGUUUUAUAGUACCUAUUCUUAUUUUAACCUGCUUCAUCCCUGGUCUGCCUGAGAAACUUAAGAAGGAAAUCAGUUUUUCAAGACCUCUUGGAAUCUGUCUGAGGCUGUAGUUAAACCUCUUUGUCCUCUGGGGGUUCUUCACACUUGAAAAACUGAUUCUUUAUCACCAACCAUCUGAAAAGGCCAACAGUGAGGGCCAAGUGUAACCAUUUACAACAUUUAAUUGUAACUAUUAAAAUUGCCGUAACUGUGAACAGUGAAAUAAAGGGUUGUCUUCUCAUUGAGGCAGUAUGUGGCACUUAAGUAACUUGCAUUUAGUCUAUAAAAUUUUUAAAUCACUCACUAUAAAAUGCAUUUAAAAUCUUCCAAGAAGGUAGAGGUCUAGUUUUCUAUUUUGCUUUGUUUUAAAACAGUUGCCUAAAGUUUCUUAGUGAUUUAGAAUCAAGACAUCUUUUAAAAGAAUGCUUUUUUGUUUUAGAAAAACGAGCAAAACUGUGUUGCAAGACUGAUAGCUGUAAUGUUCAUUUGCCACAGAUCAAAGGUUCACAAAAUAUAUGAAAUUUACAUCUACCCAGGGUACCUUAAUAGAUUGUUUUUUCUUUGAAUUUUCCCUUUAGGAAUUUGGAGCCUCAAUGUCUUUUUUUUUAUUAUUAUUUUAAAAAUACUAAAUUUUCGUGAUUUUAUUUUGCCAAAUGUGUGCAUACAUAUUCAAAGCAAUGAAACUAUUUCAAGCCAUACAACCACAGGGGUGGAAAUCCUUUUCACAAAUUUUAAUGUGUUUGUAUGUAAAUAGAUGUUUGUAUGAAAUAUUUUCAUGGUAGAAUGAAUAUAUUUAAAUGAAGUUGAAUUAUUCCAGUGCUAUUUAAACAAAUUACAAAAACUUUGGUGGGAAUUAUCUGAGUUUAUUGAGAUAUCAUGCAGAUCAGUUUUGAUUUUUAGAAAUCAAAAAGCCUACAAAUAACUCUGACUCAUGGCAACUGCCCUCGCGUUGUUGCAUUUGAUGUGGAAAGAGCCUGUAGGCUUCCCCAGUGCCUCAGCCGCUUCUUGGUGGUAAGUUAGGUGCUAAUGGAGGUGUGUUCACCUUUUAGUGAUAUCACUAUGGCCUCUUAGGGGCCGAGAGUGAAUCAGAGGCAUUAGAGACACCGGUGCAGUUAUCCCGAGCACAAUUUCCUUGCAGGGCAGCAGAAUCAGAAGCCAGACUUGGCCGUGUAAACCCCUGAAAUGGGUUUCCUGGCCGCCGUCCACCGCCACCCUUACUGCCUUGUCACACACGUCAGGGAGGCUACCGUCAGUGGAGUUGGGGUUAGACCUCAGGGUGGGACUUCACGGUUUUGUCAGCAAUCCCUGCCUCCUGGCCUCCACCUCACAGAGAGGAAGGAGAGAAGGGCAGCUGGCAAGGGGCCCAUCUCAGCACAGUACACUUCCUGUCUCAGCUCUGGAAGACUAUGCACCUAUGCGCCAAAUUUCCAACCAGAGGGAGACGUCCUUGGAACAGAAAACCCCUGCUUCCUCUGUCUGUGACUUUACACACAGUUAGAAAUCAUUUUACUAUCAAGACCAAUCACAUCCCCGGGACAUACUUCCCAACUCCCCUAACGCCUGUUACUGAAAAACUCCUUAAUAACGAUCUUCAACUUGAGUGGGCUUUUUUUUUUUCCCUUCACUUUGGUCCUGGGUAUAAUGAAAUGAUAAACUUUAUGACAAAUUUUCACUGUGUAUACUAGCAAUAUAUACACACAUGCCAGUAUAUCUUAACAUAUCUACUUGGUUACGUUUUGGGUUACUAUAAUCUUCAUUCAUGUUUUGGGCAACUACAGGGAUGAUGUAAUGCCUACUUAUCAUCUGAGAAAGUUAUGUCCAUGGUUCUGAGCUCCUUGCUUCAAAAAUUUUUCUCCUGAGUUUUUUAUGUUCUCUUUUUAUCCUGAAACGCAUUUAAUAGGUUGUGAGGUAUGUUUAAGGAUCGAAAGCCGGGGGUCAGCUUUCAGCAUUGAUUGCAACAAAAAGUUAACCCCAUCACAGUUAGCAAGCAUCCUUGAUUGGUCUUUUAUGGGAUUUGGACUAAAUCUAUGAGCCUUAUUCAACAUCUAUGAUUCUAUGAUUUUUUUUUAAUUAUGGGAAAUUAAUGAAAGAUGUUUACAUGCAUAAUGUUUGCCCUUACUGUGUUAUGAAUGAGUUUUUUGUAGUGUGUCUGUGGGUGCAUGUGCAAGAGAGUAGGAAAAAUGUUUCUGAAACAAAACUUGACAAAUAUUUGUAAUGAAAAGUAAAUUUAAAGAUUGCUAUAAUUGCGCUAUAGAAACAAUGCAAGUAUUAAACAAAAUAUACAAUCAUCUGUCAUUCGUUUUCCUUUUUUAGUCAUCAAGGCCAGAAGUGCAGCCAUGUUUCCUUAUCUACCUGCAUAUUUAAAUUACCUAAGCAACCUUUACACUUUAAGUUGUUUAAAAAUAUUAGUCAGCCCUCUGUGUCUGCAGCUUCCGCAGCCUGGGAUUCAGCCAACCAUAGAUCAAAAAUAUUUGAGGGGGAUGGGAAAACAGACUUUCUUGUCAUUAUUCCCUAGAUAAUACAGUAUAACAACUCUGUACAUAGCGUUUACUUGGUGUGAGGCAUUGUAAGUAAUCUAGAGGUGAUUUACAGUAUACAGGAGGAUGACCUUAGGUUAUGUGCAAAUACUGUGCAUUUUAUCUAAGGGACUUUAGCAUCCUCAGAUUUUGUUAUCUGCAGGAAACCAAUCCCCUGUGGGUACCAAAGGACAGCUGUACUAACCAUUGCCCAUUUUCAAAGCAUUACUGACGUUCUUACACGUACAGUGAAAGGAAACACGCCUGCUCCUGCACCACCCGGGUGAUCAGCUGUGGGUCAUGAGCUUUGACCUGUAGGGUUUUCAGGGGCUAAUUUUGGGGAGUAGAUCACCAAGCCUUUCUUCCCAGUCCAUCUUAGUCUAGAAGCUCCACUGAAACCUGUUCAGCAUCAUAGCAACACUCAAGCCUCCACUGUCAGAUGGAUGCUGGCUCAAGGUACAUUGGCCAAGAAUUGAACCUAGGUCUCCCACAUGGAAGGCAAGGAUUCUGCCACUGAACCAACAUUGCCCCCUUCAAAGCAUAUUAAAAAAAAAAAAACAAAACCCAUUGGCG